UCAGAAUCCAGUUAAAACCUUGUUAUGUGCAUGGGAUGUUUUUGAAGUUUCUUCCCCUGCUUUUAAGUAUCACUUAGGUCUGGAUCGGUGAGUCUUCCCCCAAAAGAAGGCAUGACAGAGCAAGUCAAGAACAUUACCGGAAUAUUAGUAAUUGCCUCCAACUGGCACUGAGUUGAGAACUUUUAAAAUAAGGAGAGGUUGGCCAACACUACAUUCCAGUGCAUGUCAAAAACCGAGGGAGAAAGGACUAUGCCUGCAAGAUCCCAGCUACGCACCUAAAAGACAAAAACGCGAAGGACUCUCCUCUCCCCAGCAGGAUCCUUAAGCGCUCCUACUGCUUGGCCAGAAUUAAAUACUUCACUAACCCAGAACCCAGUGACGUCACUCCAGCUCCGGCCACACAGUACUGUAGUAGCGCGUCCCGGGUCGUCCUCUCUCUGCCUCCACACAAUCUCCAGCCAAGGCUGCUCGCUCGUCAGACAAGCGGAGGCAGCGCCCCGACUGCUACCUUCUGAGCCGAACUGCCUCCAAGAAAGGCCCAACCUCUUUUUGCCUUCCCUCGGUUCUUUCUGCAUCUUUCAAGCGGAGCUGCUCUUGCUGACGAGGCUAAAAGAGCCAACUGCCUUCCCUGCCGCCGCCGGCGCCGCCGUCUCGUCUCCCAUUCCCUUUUCUGGCUAGGCUGGCGUUCGAGACCGAACAGUUUCCCCGUCAGGGGGCGACGCAGCUAACUAGUACUAGAGAGUGAAGAGAGGAGAGAGAGAGAGGGAGGAGUAGGAAGAGCCUCUGAAGGCGGGCGCUCCUGGGUGACAAGCAGUCACAGGUGCUGCGGCCGCCUUGAAACACAGGAGAGGCGCCUCCGUGCCCCAACCAGCUGCUGCUGUCGCCGUCCCUGCCUGCCUCCGGGUGGCAGCUGCCGCUGCCGUUCCUGCUGCUGCUGCUGCUGAGCCGGCGCGUGCAGGAGUAUAGCGAGAGCUCGGCAACUGCGCACACGCGCGCGCUCGGGAAAGCCAGCGAUCAAGGGGAGAGCGAGCGAAAAAGCCUUGCGCUUCGGCGGAGCCUGUAAGUUGCUGGAGCUGCUAUUUUUGCUGGACCAGCAGCGGCUUCGGUGCAACUGGCUCUUUGCAAGGCGCGACUGUCCCUUGGAUGUGUGUGUGUGUAUAUACACAAACACACACACACAUAUAUAUUGUUAUAUAUUUUCCGCCGCUUUGGUGUUGCCGCGCGCUGUCGCUCAAUCGCCAGAGAGAAAGGGCGAGCUCGCGCGCCUACCGCAAACGGGGUUCAAGACAUGGCAAGACGCUGACUGACUGGCUGGGAGGGACGAGGACCAGACGGGUACUCUCUCCCGCCCCUCAGCCCCAUCCGGCCUGAUCUACCCUCUACUGCUAUGACACAAACUUUGCAACAUUAUAAAGACAAAAGUUCCUUCUUGAAAGCAGUUGGCUUCACUCAAUCCUACGAAGUUACAUUUUUUUCCUUUUCCCCAUGGGUUGGGAGAGAAAACAACACAGCAUUCUAGCUGCCUCAGUCACCUUGAAGAAACAUACUAUACGUAAAAACAACCCAGCUUCCAAAAUUUGUUUGUGAGACAGAAUCAGUGGCAGUUAUAUGAAUGUUUUUAUAAAUGAUGCUGCUAUCAAUAAUGUAACAUAGAUUUAUACUAUACAUAAAGGAGUUGUUGGAGAAAAAGAAUUUGUACACCUAGAGUAUUUUGAACCCGCCUUUUUUUUAACAAGGAAGACAAAGUCUUCUCUUUCCUCAUAUUGUCAAAAGAUGCCAGCCAAGACACCCAUCUACUUGAAAGCUGACAAUAAUAAGAAAGGAAAGAAAUUCAAGUUGAGGGACAUUUUGUCUCCUGAUAUGAUCAGUCCACCUUUGGGUGACUUCCGCCACACAAUUCACAUUGGGAAAGAAGGACAACAUGAUGUGUUUGGAGACAUCUCUUUUCUGAAAGGAAAUUAUGAGCUUCUACCUGGAAACGAGGGAGAAACAGCAGCCAGCCAAUAUGAAGGAUGCAAUGAAUUCCUAAGGGCAAACAGCACUUCUGACUCAGUGUUUAUUGAAACUCCUUCUCCCGUCCUUAAAAAUGCCAUAUCGCUUCCUGCCAUCGGUGGUUCUCAAGCCCUUAUGUUGCCCUUGUUGUCACCAGUGACAUUUAAUUCAAAGCGGGACUCGUUGGGACCCCUGAGGAAUCCCAGGCAUAGUUGUGAGCCGGUAAUGGAAGAAAAGUUGCAGGAGAAGAGCAAACACUUGGAGAAUGGGAAAAUAUACAGAGAUGACAUCACAUGGAAGCAGAAAGCGCCAGCAUCAUAUUAUACUAAUGGAACAGACAGCCAUUCAACUAGCCAUUCAGAACAAUAUACCAAAUGGCAAACAGAGGAGUUCCUUGACAACCCUCAUCUGUCAUGUGAUCAAACCAAGAUGCAGCCUAAAUCAGACGAUCCUCUUUCAGACCUGGCAGAACCCCUCCUUUCUUUGCAGCUUGACCUCGGACCCUCACUUUUGGAUGAAGUACUGAGUGUAAUGGACAAAAACAAAUCAUAGAACUUGCUGCUUUGUGCCAUCUCAGUUUUCUUCAAAGAAAUAUAUUUGAAAUGUACAGACACCAUCCAUCCAAUGUCAAGCGAUUAAAGUUGUAAUCUAAUGCAUACUGAUUUUUGCAGUCGUCUCCCAAUGUUUUUGCUUAUUAAUAAAAAGGUGUCAAGCCUCAACUCAUUUGAAUGAGAAAAAUAAGUAAAUAUUUAAAUAUCUCAGCUAUUGAGAAUAAAUGGAAAAGAGAUAGGCUUACCCUCGGAUGGAUUGUGCCUUUUGUUUGUAUAUAAAAAUUGGUUCUUUUUGCAAUUGACAUGUUUUCUAAAAACAAAUGACUUUAAACUAUUUUUUUACAUAUUUUUUAGCAUGGCAAAUGUUUUCAAAUGAGUACAUAUUUUAAUGACACUAUUUUCAGCUGUAUUAAAAUAUUUCAUUAAAACAAGAGAUGUCAAUGUAAUAUUUGAACUUAUUCUGAAAAUCAGAAAGUGUUUGAUUCUCAAAGAUUCCAUGUAUGCUAGGCAGAGGUUUUAUGAAGUAAAGUAAUAAUAAUUAGUUCAAAAUUAUUUGUAACUCCCCAGAAUGAUGAAAUUCUUUUUACUAGUACUACUAUAACUAUUGUUGUUGUUAUUAUAUUAGCAAUGUUUUUCAUUCUGGCUGCACUGUUAUUGUUUAGAGUUAAUGUGUAGUUCUAAGCUGAAAUGGGAAUGGCUUUUUCUGUUCAACUAUUAAGAAUGUGUAGCCAAUACAAACUGGUGCCACUGAAGUUAAGGGCAAUUCCUGGGCAAGCUCUUAUGCCAAUACAUUUUCAGUAGUAGACAAUCUGAAGAAAUAAAGUGAAGUUAAAACUGCAUUAUUUUAUGAGCUGAAAUCUGUUUCUAUGCACAUUACACUUUUAACAACUUCUACAAACAGAAACUCUUGUGAUUGCACCAGAGAACUGUUGUUUCUUUCCUUUUUCUGAGAAUCUGAGUAUAAACUGUAUAUUUGUGUGCAUUCACAUAAAAUCCAUAUUUUGAUCUUU